CUUAAAUCAUUAAAAAAAAAAGUGGUUAAUUGUUCAAAAUAAAUAAGUAAAUAAACCGAUGAUAGUACAGUACCCAAAACUCAAAGCUAUAUGUAUAUAUAUAGUUGAUCAUCUUUCCUGCCGAACAGAAGAUUUCCUCCCUCUUUCUCUCCAAACUCCUCAGGUAGAUAUAUAAUAGUAGAGAUGGUAGUAGAAGUGCUAGCGAUAGUUGUGUUGCUCAUAAGCGCAAACGGAGCAGAAAGCAGAAAAGCCAAAUUUGGGAACCACUUUGAAUACUCCGCCAUAAGUUGCAGAGCACAUGGAGCAUCUUUGACAGAUUUUGGAGGAGUUGGUGAUGGAACUACUUCUAACACGAAGGCUUUUAAGACAGCGAUCGAUCAUCUAAGCCAGUUUUCAUCAUUUGGUGGGUCUGAGCUAUUUGUUCCUCCUGGAAAAUGGUUGACUGGCAGUUUCAAUCUCACCAGCCAUUUCACUCUUUAUCUCCAUAAAAAUGCUGUCCUCCUUGCUUCUCAGGAUGAGAAUGAAUGGCCAUUGAUUGACCCACUACCAUCAUAUGGUCGAGGAAGGGACACAGAAGGUGGAAGAUUCAGCAGUCUUAUAUUUGGAACCAAUCUCACCGAUGUUGUAAUAACAGGGGACAAUGGCACCAUUGAUGGGCAAGGUGAAGUAUGGUGGCAAAAAUUCCACAAGGGAGAGCUUAAUUAUACCAGGCCAUACCUGAUCGAAAUCAUGUUCUCCGAUAGAGUUCAAAUAUCUAAUCUCACUUUGAUGAAUUCUCCAUCAUGGAAUGUCCAUCCUGUUUACAGCAGCAAUGUUAUUGUUCAAAGCCUCACUAUCUUAGCUCCUGUAACAUCUCCAAACACUGAUGGGAUCAACCCUGAUUCUUGCACGAAUACCAGGAUCGAAGAUUGUUACAUCGUCUCUGGAGAUGACUGUGUAGCUGUGAAGAGUGGUUGGGAUGAGUAUGGUAUUGCUUUUGGAAUGCCAACCAAGCAGCUUGUGAUCAGAAGGCUCACCUGCAUUUCUCCGUUUAGUGCUGUGAUUGCACUGGGAAGUGAGAUGUCCGGUGGGAUUCAGGAUGUGAGGGCAGAGGACAUUGUUGCCAUUGAUUCAGAAUCAGGAGUCAGGAUCAAAACUGCUAUAGGAAGAGGAGGUUUUGUGAAAGAUAUAUAUGUAAGAGGGAUGACCAUGAAGACCAUGAAAUGGGCAUUUUGGAUGACAGGAAAUUACGGUUCUCAUGCAGAUAAUAACUUCGAUCCUAAUGCGCUCCCAGUGAUCCAGAACAUAAAUUAUCGUGAUAUGGUUGCUGAGAAUGUAACAAUGGCAGCUAGAUUAGAGGGAAUUCCUGGUGAUCCAUUUACCGGCAUUUGCAUUUCUAAUGUCACUAUUGAACUAGCCAAGAACGCAAAGAAAGUGCCAUGGAAUUGUACUGAUAUUGCUGGGAUUUCAAGUGCAGCGACUCCUAAGCCUUGUCAUCUCCUUCCAGAUCAAGGUCCAGAGAAGAUAGCAGCUUGUGAUUUUCCAGAGGAUAAACCGCCUAUUGAUGAUGUUGAAGUCCAGUCUUGCUCUUUCAGGAGGAAAUAUAUAUAACAAAUAUGUUUGUAAAACCACAAGUUCUAGAAAACCAAGAAAAAAUUGUCAAUGAAAAAUGACAAUGAACCGUUUGGUGAGA